GUCUCUUUGUCCCUCUCCUUAUCAUCCUCCCUUUUUCCGGCCUGCUUCUCUUCUAUUUCGUCAUCCUUCUCCCAGCGGCCACUUUGCGGCUCCAAGAAGGGUGGUUAUAUGAUUUCCCCAGCUCCCAUUAAACUGCUAGAAGGCCAUGAAGUUCCUUCUUAAGAAGAAUAAAAUUAUUGCAAGUGGUGGCCUGGUGAAAUCAUAAGGAGUGUAAGAAAAGAGAUUAGAGAGUUUUCUAUAGUAGUGGUUUUGUAAGAGUAGUAUAGUUAUUUCGUAAUAGUGAUUUUAUAGAUAUGGUGGUAGUAGCAAUGCUUUUAUAGUAGUGUUUUUAUGGAUUCUGCAUUUACUGAUAUAUGAUGUAGGAGUGU